AUGCCUGCUUUAGGUUUACCCGCUAACGUUAGCGCCACCGCCGAUGGUACUCGUAAAUUGUUCAACAAAUGGUCUUAUGAAGACGUUGAAGUUAAGGACAUCUCCCUUCAAGAUUACAUUCAAAUCCGUCAACACGUCUUCUUGCCUCACACUGCCGGCCGUUUCGCUGUCAAGCGUUUCCGUAAGGCUCAGUGCCCCAUUGUUGAACGUUUGACCAACUCCUUGAUGAUGCAUGGUCGCAACAACGGUAAGAAGCUCAUGGCUGCCCGUAUUGUUCAACAUGCUUUCGAGAUCAUUCACUUGUUGACCGAUGCCAACCCUCUUCAAAUCCUCGUUGAUGCCAUCAUCAACUGUGGUCCUCGUGAAGACUCCACCCGUAUCGGUUCUCAAGGUACCGUCCGUCGUCAAGCUGUUGAUGUUUCUCCUCUCCGUCGUGUCAACCAAGCUAUCUCCUUGUUGACCAUUGGUGCUCGUGAAGCUGCUUUCCGUAACAUCAAGACCAUUGCUGAAUGCCUUGCUGACGAAUUGAUCAACGCUGCCAAGGGUUCUGCCAACUCUUAUGCUAUCAAGAAGAAGGAUGAACUUGAACGUGUUGCCAAGUCCAACCGAUAAACGUGUUCAUUCUUUGUAUACGACGCAACAACAAAAAAGGGGCUGUUUAUAUACACUUUUUUUAAAAAUAAAAAAAGAUUUUCUCACAUCAGAAAAAGAGUUAAAUUAUGCGUACGCACACCUUUUACCAAAAUGAUGUCGCAAAAAAAAAAA